UGGCCCAAACAGCUGUUUCUGUCAAUUAGCCAAGUUAAUUUAUUUAUUUUCUGCUCAGGAUAAUGUCACAUAUUUCACCUGUUGCUCCACCACCACCACCAGCGCCUCUCCUGAAAGUCACUCCCGUGGCACCAGUUGUGACCAGAGAACGAACUAUUGUCAACAUAACCAGCGACGAAUGCAGCUGGGCCUGGGAAUAUCCGGAGCUGCAGAAAGGAUGCUAUCUUAGUCGCGUGUGCCAAUAUGCUCCACCGAAACACUGCCAGUACUACUCCGUGCCUAGCAUACUGCAGGUUGGCCCCACCUGCGGAUUGACAGCCCUGAGCAUUUUACUCGGAGGACAACCCACGGCAGCGCGUCUUCUGGAGGAUGCCAUUAACCAGGAGUUUACAAUAAAUGGAGAACUUUUCAGUGCUCAGUAUUUAUUUGAGCUAACGCGGAAAUACCUGCCAGGACCUGGAGCUUGCCAGCUGCACCAGGGCAAUCUCAGCUGCAAGAAAGUCAAGGAGCUGCUGAAAGCUGGUGGCUGCCUCCUAGUGCCUUACGAUGCUGAUGUGAAUCAUGCGCCCUGCCUAAAGUCCGGACACCGAGCUCACUGGGCCCUCAUUGUGGGCUACCUGGUGGACAUACAGGAUAAUUACUAUGUCUUGGCCCGACACGGCAAGACCAAUAAUUUGGCCGUUUGGUCCUUGGAAGCACUGAGCGAGAGCAAUGCCAAUUUAAAGGAAUUUGCACAGCCAAAGGGAUAUCCGGACAAUGAUUUUCUGCAGCCACCGGGUGGCAUAGGCGGCUCCUUGGGCCUGAACGAGCGCUCCAUUCUAGUCAACGGUCUGCCCCAGCAGGUGCUUCAUGUGCGCUGAUCCUGAAACCAGAUCACACACUUGUGUUCAAUAAAGAGACCAAAUAUUUUCGUA